UGCAUCAAGGUCUUGGUUGAAAAACUAUUAAGGUGUUGCCCAAAUGUUAAAACUGUUUAUCUACUACUGCGGUCGAAAGAAGGACAAGAUCCAAGACAGAGGCUUGACGAAUUAUUAAAUGUAAAGAUUUUUGACAAAAUUAAAAAAGAACAACCUCAUGUGCUCACAAAACUUGUUCCAGUUCAUGGUGAUUUAACUUCCACCGAAUUAGGUAUUAGCCAGUCAGACAUUACUUUAUUAACCAAUACAGUAUCAAUCGUUUUCCAUUCUGCAGCUACGGUAAAAUUUGAUGAACCUUUAAGACUUUCAGUGGAACUGAAUGUUUUAGGAACAAGACGACUUGUAAAUCUCUGUCAUAAAAUGGUUCAUCUUGAAGCUCUUGUGCAUGUAUCAACAGCAUAUUGUAACUGUGAUAGAGAAGACAUUGAAGAAAUAAUUUAUCCAGCACCCGUAACACCACAAAAGAUAAUUGAUGCCACAGAAUGGAUGAAUGCUGAAUUAAUGACAGCUCUCACUCCUCAUUUGAUCAAAGGACGGCCUAAUACGUAUACGUUUACAAAAGCUUUAGCUGAAAAUUUAUUAGUAGAAGAAUGUGGAAAUCUUCCAGUUGCUAUUGUUCGACCAUCAAUUGUUACUGCAGCCUGGAGAGAACCUAUUCCAGGAUGGGUUGACAAUUUAAAUGGUCCUACAGGUUUGCUUGUGGCUUCCACUAAAGGUAUGUUGCAGACUUUACACUGUCGUUGUAAUGGAGUUGCAGAUUUAAUUCCAGUUGAUGUUGUUAUCAAUCUGAUGAUAACAGUUGCUUGGAGCACUGCAGUACACAGGACAAAUAAUAAUCUGAUUUAUCACUGUACCUCUGGUACUACAAAUCAAAUUACUUGGGGAAAAUUGGACAGGAUUGCUCUUCCUUACAUCAUACAAAAUCCAAGUGCAGAAGUUUUCCAAUAUCCUGGAGCAACAUUCAAAAAUAGCCGUCUUCUAAAUAACAUUUGUGUUUUCUUUUAUCAUCAUGUUCCUGCUUAUUUAACUGAUAUAGUUGCCUUGCUGAUUGGACGAAAGCCAAAGAUGGUGAAAUUGUAUCAAAAGUUGCAUAGAGCCAUUCAAAGUCUGAAUUAUUUUACAACUCAUGAAUGGAAAUUCCACUGUAAUAAUCAAUUUAAGCUGAUGGAGAGGAUGUCAGAAAAAGAUAGACAGAUAUUUAAUUUUGAUAUAAAGCAGCUAAACUGGUCUAGUUAUUGGCAAGAUUAUGUUCUUGGUGCUCGACAAUUCAUAUUAAAAGAAGAAACCUCUAGUCUUCCUAUAGCCAGAAAGAAACUUCGAAAGGCUUAUCUAUUUUCCCAAUUGAUUAAUUUGUUAUUUAUUGUUAUUGCCUGGAGACUCCUUAUGAUAAAAUCACAAAUAGCUCGAAGUCUAUGGUAUUACUGUUUAUCACUAGUAGUGAGAUUAUAUCGCAUUUUACCAUUGGUAUCAACCUUGUGAAGAUAAUAUUCAUCGCUACUAGGGAGUGUUAACAUUCCAUCAACAUUAUGUGGCAUUGGAAAUCGAUUCCUAUGAUAACAUAGAUAAUUGUUUAUUAACAUUAUUCAUUUCCAAGAAAUGCAUUGAUACAUUUUGCAGUCUUUUUUAGUCAACAGUUUGAUCAAACAGAUUUGCGACAUUUAAUAUUUCAAUUAUUUUCCGGAUAAAGCUUCAAAUAGUCUUGUUAAUUAUAAAUUAUAAAAUUCAAUUUUGAAUCAAAAACUGUAUUUCUCUUAAUCAAGACAGUUUCAGAAUUUUCUUUCUAAAUACAAAUUUACCAAUUCGACUUCAACAAAUUUUAUCUUAUGCAAAUAUUUAUAGUUUUUAAGUUUCAACUUUUAAUCAUUCAAGACAGCUGAGGAAGUCUACAGAAAAAGAGAGAGAUGCAUUACUUUUUACAUAAAUAGACUAAUAUUUUCAGGCAUUAUUUAAUUUAAUGAUUUGAUUUUUUAUUGCAAUACAACAGCAAAAAAUUAUUUAAGUAAUAUGAUUACUGCCUUUGUACAGUUUAUAAUGUCCUAAUAACAUCAACAAUUUCUUGUAUAUGUGAUAUGUUUCUUUUAAUGCCAUAUCUUUAUACUAAGUCAGGUCAUUGUCUUUCACUUUUAAUAUUAUAAUCAUUGAGUUCCUACUUUAAAAAAUUUAUUCCAAAUCAUAAACAUCUUGCAUGAUGAUUUAUAAAUUUCUCCAAUAUUUUCAUUAUUUUUGGAAUGUACAUUGAUCCAGUUUUCCAAAUGGCACAUACUUCAAACAUUUUUCUGUUGUUGACUUUGUCAAAUACUAGUUAGUAUUAAAAUAUGCAAUGAAAUAAAGAACUGAAAAUUU